AUGGAGCUACCAGCAGCCAGUGAUGGUGUUCAUCCAGCUGCAUACAGACCUAGACUUUCUCAGUCAGGAAUCAAUGUGAUUCCAGGUGGAUUUAAUGAGUCUGAUUGUUAUCAGUACUAUGGGGACAGGAACAGCGUAGCAUCCCAUGGAUCUGAUGCUGUAACCGGUUACGAAACUCUGGACGCCCCACCACACUAUGACUUCUACACUAACACAGAGGUGUGGGGCAGACGGAGGCGCUUCAGGCCAUCACUGUACCAGCUUUACUCCAACCCAGAGGAUGACUCCAAACCUCCCUUGUAUGAGGAAACCACGGGUGCACAGAUGGAAGGAGACAGCUCUGACUGCGACGAUGAGGAGCAAAAAGAGCCGCCAUCUGAACCUACUCGUUUUGGCUGGAUACAGGGAGUCAUGAUCCGUUGCAUGUUAAACAUCUGGGGGGUGAUCUUGUUCCUGCGGCUGCCUUGGAUCACUGCUCAGGCUGGUAUAGGUAUGACCUGGGUGAUUAUCCUACUCUCCUCUUGUAUAACUGGGAUCACUGGUCUGUCUACCUCAGCUAUUGCUACUAAUGGCAAAGUCAAAGGAGGUGGGACCUAUUUCCUAAUCAGUCGCAGCCUCGGCCCAGAGCUGGGUGGGUCAAUUGGUCUGAUCUUUGCCUUUGCCAAUGCUGUAGCUGUGGCCAUGCACACUGUGGGCUUUGCUGAGACUGUUGCAGACCUCAUGCGUGAACAUGGAGCUGUCAUGGUGGACCGAACCAAUGACAUCCGCAUCAUUGGCAUCAUCACUGUCACAUGCCUACUAGGCAUCUCAAUGGCUGGCAUGGCAUGGGAAUCAAAGGCCCAAGUUCUGUUCUUCCUGGUCAUCAUGGUGUCAUUUGCCAAUUACAUUGUCGGAACAAUCAUUCCUGCUUCACCAGAGAAACAGGCCAAAGGUUUCUUUAGCUACAAAGCGGAUAUCUUUGCUGCCAAUUUUGUGCCCAACUGGCGAGGGCCAGAGGGCAGUUUCUUUGGCAUGUUUUCCAUUUUCUUCCCCUCAGCCACUGGUAUCCUGGCAGGUGCUAACAUUUCUGGUGAUCUGAAGAAUCCAACAGUGGCCAUCCCCAGAGGAACACUGAUGGCUAUAUUCUGGACUACCUUGUCCUACCUCAUCAUCGCUGCUACCAUUGGAUCCUGCGUAGUACGGGAUGCAUCCGGCCUGUUAAACGACACGCUGUACUUCUCCUCAUCCAGUGAGGAUUGUGGUGAUUUAGCUUGUCAUUAUGGAUGGGACUUCACUGAAUGUAUUAAAAAUGCAACGUGCACCUUUGGCAUCAGUAACUAUUAUCAGUCUAUGAGCAUGGUGUCGGCCUUCGCUCCCCUUAUCACUGCCGGUAUAAUUGGUGCAACACUGUCCUCUGCUUUGGCCUGCUUGGUCUCUGCCCCCAAAGUGUUCCAGUGUCUGUGUAAGGACAAACUCUACCCUUUCAUUGGCUUCUUUGGCAAAGGUUACGGCAAGAAUGACGAACCACUGAGAGGCUACCUCCUGACGUACAUCAUCGCUGCUUGUUUCAUCCUCAUUGCUGAGCUGAACACCAUUGCUCCCAUCAUCUCCAACUUCUUCCUCUGCUCCUACUGCCUGAUCAACUUCAGCUGCUUCCAUGCCUCAAUCACCAACUCACCAGGUUGGCGUCCUUCCUUUAGGUUCUACAGUAAAUGGCUGUCGCUGCUGUGUGCUGUGUGUUGUAUGGUCAUCAUGUUCCUGCUGACUUGGUGGGCGGCUCUGAUUGCCUUUGGCCUUGUUGUCUUCCUUUUGGGAUACACACUCUACAAGAGGCCUGCUGUGAACUGGGGAUCAUCAGUCCAGGCGGGCUCAUAUAACAUUGCUCUGAACCAGUGUGUGAGCCUCAACCAGGUGGAGGACCAUGUCAAGAACUACAGACCACAGUGUUUGGUGCUCACAGGUCCUCCCAGCAGCCGCCCAGCUCUGGUGGAUCUUGUCAACUGUUUCACAAAGGGUCUCAGUCUCAUGAUGUGUGGCCAGGUGGUCACUGCUGGUCCCACUCCAUCAGUAGUGGACAAGGCGAGCAGCGACAGUCAUAUCACCUGGUUGAACCAAAGGAAGGUGAAGUCUUUCUUCAGAGAUGUGGUGGCGACAGACCUGCGAUCAGGGGUUAACAUGCUGCUACAGGGGUCAGGUUUAGGUCGUAUCAGACCUAAUGUUCUCCUGAUGGGUUUCAAGAGAGACUGGUGCAGUGACUCACCUGAAGCUGCACACAACUACAUAGGAAUACUACAAGAUGCAUUCGAUCUGCAGUACGGCGUGUGCGUGCUGAGAAUGAGGGAGGGACUGGAUCUCUCUCAUCCAUCUCAAUCACAUGUUAAUGCAGGCUUUGAUGGAGGCCCAGAGACCAUAAACACUAAAUCUCCCACUGCCCGCCUUCAAACCAUCACUACCUCUGCUGUGUCUGUUGAACCAGAGCCUCAGCCAAGUACAGUGUUUCAGAAAAAGCAAGACAAGAAGACAAUCGAUGUGUACUGGCUAUCUGAUGAUGGAGGUCUGACCCUGCUGCUGCCCUAUCUGCUGACUCGGAGGAAGCGCUGGGCCAGAUGUAAGGUUCGAGUGUUUGUGGCAGGAGAUACAGACAAGAAGGAGGAACGGAAAGAAGAGGUGCUGGCACUGAUCAAGAAGUUCCGUCUUGGUUUCCAUGAUGUUGAAGUGCUUCCUGACAUCUUCCAGAGCCCCCAGACUGGAAAUGUUCAUCAGUUUGAGAAUAUGGUGAGUCGCUACAGGCUGGAGAUGAACCCCAAGCAGGACUCUGGAAUGCCGAGAGCACAGGAUGAGCCCUGGAGGAUCAGCGACCAGGAUCUGGAGAAGAACAAGGCCAAGUCCCUCCGUCAGAUCCGUCUGAGCGAGGUUCUGCAGGACUACUCCAGAGAUGCUGCACUGAUUGUUAUCACCAUGCCGGUGGGGAGGAGAGGAGUGUGUCCCAGUAUUCUCUACCUGGCGUGGCUGGACUUCUUGUCACGUGAUCUGAGACCUCCAGUCCUAUUGGUCAGAGGAAACCAAGAGAACGUCCUCACCUUCUACUGCCAAUGAAAUGCUUUCUUGAUUGUUUGAUGUGCAGAUAAUGAACCACACC